GAGGGGAGGACAGGCCGGCAGCCGGGGGCGGGGGCUUCCCGGGCGCUGCUCCGGACGAAGACCCGGCCCUGAAUUGGCCUGUGUGUGUGUGUGCGUGUGUACGUGUGUGGGGGGCUGGGACGUAGCGGACUUCAGGUAUUGAGGCAGCCCAAGCUGGAAAAAUGAAUGAAUGAAAAUGGCAUUUCCUCGCCCAAGAUCGAUGCGACGCCCACUUAAAGGAUUUAAAUUGUGACCAUUUGCAUCGUCAUCGCCUCCCUUACCUGGCUAGCCUUUCUAAGCGAGGGCCCUGUCCCUCUUUCCCCACUCCCUCAACUUCCCUAGUUGUGACCUUGGCCUCAUUUUAAAAGCCAGAGGGCGACCAACUCCUGAAACAAACUCGCUUGACUUUUUUUUUUUUUUUUAGCAAGUGUGGGCGUUGGAGUAGGUUUUGUGAUGGUGAGCUUGUGCAUGCGGGCAAGGAAUGUCACCCUCAUCAUAUACCCUCUGCAACUAACACCUUGCUCUAACAGAGAACCCUGGGAGGUAGGAGGCCUUGUCCCCAAGUCAUGGAUGAAGAAGUUGCCUUGAGGAGUUACAAGUUUCCAGAUCAGCAAGCUAAGCGGUGGAAUUGGGAUGCAGCUGCGCAAUUGCUCAGCCAAUGCUGUUUAGCUCACCUGUGUGUGUACCCCACGACUGACCGGUGUGAUAACCACCAGCCACACGUAGCUAUUUCAAUUUUUUUUUUUUGAAAAAUCAAUUCUUCAAGCACAACUGCCACAGUUUUUAAGUGUUCAGCUUCAAGAAAUGGUCCAUACCACUUACGGAUAGGGCAACUUGAGUGCUGCCGACAAGGCAUGGCUUUAAGUCCUGGUAUACUGUGGUGCCGUGCCUAAGCGAUAGCCUUGCCUUCCUGGAGUUUGCUUUGCGCUGGGGGAGGAUGUAUGCGUGGCACAGCUGAACCUUGUUCAUCCUUGUGUGGCUUGCGGAUCACCUGGGUUUCUGAAAGAAAUGCAGAGUGUCGGCCCCACCCCAGGUUAACUGAGUCAGUAUCUACUUUGACCAGAUUCCAGGUUGUUCCUGUGCACUUUGAAAUCCGAGCCGCCUGUAUUCAGAUAAGUGUGAUAACUGGAUUAAUGGGCAUUUUAGGGGUUGGUUUGGUGCUGCUUUUAAGCAGCAGGCUGCUGGACUCUGGGGAGCCCUCACCAGUUAUGCAAAUACUUGUUAAAUGCCUGGCUUCCUCCAUGGAAUUCGAACUUUAUGAGGGCAGAGAUUGUGGCUUCUUGUUCCAGCUAUGUAUCCCCAGAGACUUUCCAUGUGUGCUAAGCAUUAGGCACUCAAUAGAUGCUUGUUGAAUGAAUGAAUGAGCAUGCUGGGAUAAUGAAAAUUUGUUGAUUCCAAGGCAUCUGAAGGGAGGUAGUUCUCAUGGCAUCAGGUGGGAGCAUGGGACCAAAGUCAAGAUGAAGCUGUAUCUGUUUGUGGAUUUUCAUGGAAGCUUUACCCUGCCUGGAGUUUUGCUUCUGGCUCCCUGCAUGUCCUGAUUCUCUAAUAAUAUAAAACAAUAUUAAUAACUUUGAACUAUAUAUAUUGUCUUCUCUGCAACUUUUCUAAAAGAAUUAAAUUCUAGGCCUUAUUUGGAAUUUACGUAGUUUUUUCAUUAAUAUUCUCUUUUCAUCCCAAAGAUCUAGUCCAAGGUAUAAACACUGGAGUGUGGCAUCAUAUCUCCAUGAUGUUUGGUUUGUAACUGUUUCUCAUUGUCUCUUUGUUUUCCUUGCCUUGACUUUGUAGCCUGGAGGAAUACUGUCCUGGUGUGUUUUGGUGGCUCAGCUUUCCAUUGAUCAUAUGGGAUCAUCUCACACUGAGAAAAGGCUCUUACGCUCAAAGAUAUGAAUGUGAUUUCUGAUGAAACUGGAUUGGAAUAAUUUUCAUGAUCUUUGUAUAUUUAUAUAUAUAUAUUUUUUAAAAUUUUGCAUUUGAUUUAAAGUGCCAUGAGAAAAUUUGCAUACUGCAAGGUGGUCUUGGCCACCUCCUUGGUUUGGGUACUCUUGGAUAUGUUCCUGCUGCUUUACUUCAGUGAAUGCAACAAAUGUGAUGAGAAAAAGGAGAGAGGACUUCCUGCUGGAGAUGUUCUAGAGACAGUCCAAAAGCCUCAUGAAGGUCCUGGAGAAAUGGGGAAGCCAGUCGUCAUUCCUAAGGAAGACCAAGAGAAAAUGAAAGAAAUGUUUAAAAUAAAUCAGUUCAAUUUAAUGGCAAGUGAAAUGAUUGCACUCAACAGAUCUCUACCAGAUGUUAGACUAGAAGGGUGUAAAACAAAAGUGUAUCCAGAUAAUCUUCCUACAACAAGUGUGGUGAUUGUUUUCCACAAUGAGGCUUGGAGCACACUUCUACGAACUGUUCAUAGUGUCAUUAAUCGCUCACCAAGACACAUGAUAGAAGAAAUUGUUCUAGUAGAUGAUGCCAGUGAAAGAGAUUUUUUGAAAAGACCCCUAGAGAGUUAUGUGAAAAAAUUAAAAGUUCCAGUUCAUGUAAUUCGAAUGGAACAGCGUUCUGGACUGAUCAGAGCUAGAUUAAAAGGAGCUGCUGUGUCGAAAGGCCAAGUGAUCACCUUUUUGGAUGCUCACUGUGAGUGCACAGUGGGGUGGCUGGAGCCCCUCUUAGCCAGGAUCAAACAUGACAGGAGAACAGUGGUCUGUCCUAUCAUUGAUGUGAUCAGUGAUGAUACUUUCGAGUACAUGGCAGGCUCUGAUAUGACCUAUGGUGGGUUCAACUGGAAGCUCAAUUUCCGCUGGUAUCCUGUUCCCCAGAGAGAAAUGGAUAGAAGGAAAGGUGAUCGGACACUUCCUGUCAGAACACCUACAAUGGCAGGAGGCCUUUUUUCAAUAGACAGAGAUUACUUCCAGGAAAUUGGGACAUAUGAUGCUGGAAUGGAUAUUUGGGGAGGAGAAAACCUAGAAAUUUCCUUUAGGAUUUGGCAGUGUGGAGGAACUUUGGAAAUUGUUACAUGCUCACAUGUUGGACAUGUGUUUCGGAAAGCUACGCCUUACACGUUUCCAGGAGGCACAGGGCAGAUUAUCAAUAAAAAUAACAGACGGCUUGCAGAAGUAUGGAUGGAUGAAUUCAAGAAUUUUUUCUAUAUUAUCUCUCCAGGUGUUACAAAGGUAGAUUAUGGAGAUAUAUCAUCAAGACUUGGUCUAAGACACAAACUACAAUGCAAACCUUUCUCAUGGUACCUAGAGAAUAUUUAUCCUGAUUCUCAGAUUCCACGUCACUAUUUCUCUUUGGGAGAGAUUCGAAAUGUGGAAACAAAUCAGUGUCUUGAUAACAUGGCUAGAAAAGAAAAUGAAAAAGUUGGAAUUUUUAAUUGUCACGGUAUGGGAGGUAAUCAGGUUUUCUCUUAUACUGCCAACAAAGAAAUUAGAACAGAUGACCUUUGCUUGGAUGUUUCCAAACUUAAUGGUCCAGUCACAAUGCUCAAAUGCCACCACCUAAAAGGCAACCAGCUCUGGGAAUAUGACCCAGUGAAAUUAACCCUACAGCAUGUGAACAGUAAUCAGUGCCUGGACAAAGCCACGGAAGAGGAUAGCCAGGUGCCCAGCAUUAGAGACUGCAGUGGAAGCCGGUCCCAGCAGUGGCUUCUUCGAAACGUCACGCUUCCAGAAAUAUUCUGAGACCAAAUUUACAAGUAAAGAAAAAAUAAUGAUUGACUGGGCUACCUCAGCAUACAUUUCUGCCACACUCUACGUAGCAAAAAAGGAAAAGUGCUUUCCUCCUCAGCAGGAUGUAAGGUUUAUCAGCCAUUAAGACUCAGACUCUUCUAGCUUUUCACUAGCUGUGAACCAGCCUUCCUGCCCAAGGACGUGAGACUGUGCACACUGAUGUUUACAAGAUUGAACGUCUUUCAUCAAGAAUCAUGGUAAAUAAUAGACAGUGGAACAAUCAACAAAAUGUGCUUUCUAGAGAGCUACACCUUUUAUGGUUUGCUUGCACAUCAGCAAUUUCUACUGAACGUGCUGUCAUAAUGAAGAGAUUUCCAAGAUUUUUUUUCCUGAUUAGAACUGGUUGCCAAUAUAUUAAACAUUGAUAUAAAAAUAAAUGAAAAAGAACUGGAACCAGAUUCAGAAUCAUGAAAACAUUUUUACAAUUAAAGAAAACUAUAUUAAACAGGGUUUAAAGGAAAUUAAAACAGAGCUAUGAGAAGUACAAUUUGUUAUAAUAUAGUAUCAAAUUUCUAUAUAGAUUUUAUACCUCAGUGGGGAAAAAAUAACGAUUCCAAUGACAUUCAUUUUGUUUUCAUCUGUGAUAGUCAUGGAUGCUUUUAUUUUCCUUGGGGUGCUGAAAAAAAAAGCUCUUUUGAACAUAGUUUUCUUUCUACAGUGUUUUUUUUUUUUCCUUUUUGGUUUGUGGGAUGUUGGAAUUGUAAUUUUAAUUGCCUUCUAAAAUUGAGAUUUAGCAUAAUGUCUAAUCUCAACAAGUUUGAAAUCCCAGUUGCUCUUGUGUCAACUGGCUUAUCCACACAGAUUUCCUACCACAUUUUCAAUUUCUUGAUUGAGCUGAUUAUGCUUAAUACCCAAGAUCCAUACUACUGUACUCCAGAUGCAUUUUCACAGCAAUAAAUCUUCAGUUGUUUAUGAUUCCACUUAACAAAAGGCCUACAGAAGCAAAAUAUUGUUUGGGUAUUAGGAGAUAAUCUAUUUGAUGGGUUUUUUUGGAAAAACCUUUUCCACUCCAUACCAGAUGUACUUCAUUGUAAAGUGCAUAUUUAGAUUAAAUUCUUGAAUUGUAAUGUUGAUCUGCUUUUUUAAUAAAAUCUUCCUGAAAAUGUUCAAUUGGCAUUUUCUUAAUGAGUUAGCAAAAGAAGUGCAGCUGUUACUCCAUAUUACUAGUCCUGCAUUUCUUCCCUAAAUUCUAUUUAGGUUUAAUUGAUUUCUGAUUUUCAAUACCACAAAAUCACCUGAGUUAAUUAAAAGCUAAUUUUUUAAUUUCAUGAAAUAUCUCUUUGUGACUUUUUUCCUGACAAUGUAGAUGUAAGACAAUUCAUUGCUGAAACUACAUAUGUUUUUCUUCCCAUUUGUAAGAUUAUAUUUAAUGGUUUUUGUUUCAAAGAUUCUUCACUGCAGGCAGUGCUCUUUCUUGUGCCUAAGAAUGUUUCUGAAAGUCAUAUCACUAAUGAUAUUUGCCAAGUUGAGUGUACACAAACUUCCUUCUAUUCUGUUCAAAUUAGUCAACAUCAAGCACAAAUAGAUGCUGUAGGGUAAGGUUCUAGGACAGAAUGCAGAAACUGCCUAGUAACUUUGAAGUUAAACCGGUGCUGGGUGGGAUAUUUUCCUAUUCCAUGAGUUCUGUGUUCAUUCUGUCUUUGGUAGGCCUAAGGAUUGAAUAAAUCAGAUGUCUAAUCAAUAAAUUAUUUUCAUGCUCA